AAAGUUGCAGUUGCUCUUCUUACUAUUGCAACAUUAAAGCUGAAAAAGAAACAUCAAAAACGCAAAACAAAUCCUAAACAACGUAGUAUCUGGGUGAGAAAUUGGCUGGAAAGAAGAAAUACUAAUGGUGCAUAUGAAACGACUUUACGUGAAUUUCGAGAAGUUGAUAAUCAAAAGUUUCUUUUUAAAAAUUACGUGCGAAUGAACGAAAACAAUUUUAAUGAGUUACUGCAGCUAAUUUCCCCACUUAUUAAAAAAAGAGAUACAUGUUUUCGUGAAGCUAUUCCAGCAAGUCAUCGUUUGGUCUGCACUCUCCGCUUUUUGGCCACGGGCGAUAGCUACAAAAGUCUUUCAGCUUUUUUCCGUAUUGUCCCAAACACUAUCUCAAAAUUUGUUCCUGAAGUUUGUGAUGCGAUUUACAGUCAACUUCGAAAUACUUACCUGAAGAUACCUUCAACAAAAGAAGAAUGGGCUGAAGUUGCUUCGAAAUUCGAUUUAUUAUGGAACUUUCCUAACUGCAUAGGAGCAGUUGACGGCAAGCAUGUGGUCAUGAUCGCACCAGCAAAAUCAGGAAGUACGUUUUACAACUACAAAGGAACUCACAGCAUAGUGCUUAUGGCAGUUGUUGAUGCCAGUUAUAAAUAUUUGUAUAUUGACGUCGGCUGUAACGGGCGUAUUUCAGAUGGUGGUAUUUUCAGUAAAUGUUCUCUGCAGCAUGCCCUCGAUACGGAUUCUCUAAAUUUACCACCUCCUCGUCAUUUAUUAGGUCGUGAAAUGAAUGUACCUUUUGUUUUAGUGGCAGACGAUGCAUUUAAAAUGCAAAAUUAUUUGAUGAAGCCGUAUCCUGGUCGCAUUUUAUCUGGUAGCAAACGUAUUUUUAACUAUAGGUUAUCAAGGGCUAGGAGAAUAGUCGAGAACGCAUUUGGAAUCAUGAUGAAGCGCUUCGAAAUCUUUUCACGACCAAUAAAGCUGAAUCCAAACAAAACAACGAGAGUGACGUUAGCAUGUUGCGCAUUACACAAUUUUUUAAUGACAAAAAAUAUAAGUUAUGCUACUGGAUUGGUAGAUAGCUGCACUGAGGAUGGAAAUAUUAUUGAAGGUGCACGCGUUAAUAUUUCCAUACCUACCUUUGAAAGCGCCACAGAGGAUAUAUCAAUUUCCUACAUAAGCAACGAAGCAAAAACUAUCCGUGAAGAAUUUGAAAACUAUUUCAUGUCACCAGACGGCGAAUUGCCAUGGCAGUAUAAAUUUAUAUAA